AGCAGCAUACUCAAGAGGCUUUAGUGGGAGGGGAAAAUGUUCUCCCCUCUCUCCUCCUUUCCUCCAUCUCUCCAUACCCCCCCUACCGACCACCUCACCGGACCUCACCAUGCCCUCCCUAAUCCUCCCUCCGUCUGACCAUCCCCCUCACCCAUCUCCCUCCAACCUUCCUUCGGACUCUUUCAUCCCUCCCUUACUCUGUUUCUGCCCUGUUUUUCAGCCAUGGUUUCACUCUCUGGCCGUAUCCUUGAUCACCCCUUCCUAUUGGAACAAGAAGGAUCCAACUUCCUUUUAAAAGACAUAAAAAAAGGACAGUCCAUUCUUCUCUCCCUAACCUCAGCUACUUGGCUUCUUGAGAGUUUUCGAAGGCUUUUGUAUAGUUCCACCUUUGAGUUUUUCCUUCUAAAGGAAAAAGUUGAUCAAAACUUCAUGAGGCUUGCCAAAUUUCGUGCAAAGGAGAAUUGGUUUGUUGAAUUUGCUGUUUGGCCAAUCACAGGAGGAAGAAGGAAUAUCCACAACAUCCCGUUUGGCAACGAAAAGGCAGGCUGGCAAGACUUCAAGGAGAUGAUCGAUCGUUGCAUCCAACACUUCAAAAAAUCCCCUGCUCUCCAGUCAUGGGAUAGAGUUGGAUAUGAUGUGGAUGCUAAGGGAGUGUCAACCUAGUUGAGACGUCCGGGUGCAUCUCAUGAUCCUUUCACAAGUACUUGUAUUCUCGCUUUUCUCUUUGUAUAACUCUAUUGUACUUGGAGCUUUCGCUCAUCUUUAUUUAUUAAUAUAAUGAAUCGUUUCCUUUUCAAAAAAAAAAAAGCAGCAUCCUUAACUACAUAUCUCAUCAAUGGCAUUACAAGUUACAAGUUUUUAUGCUCAAUUCGCUGCAACCUGGGUAAAAUAUAAAGAUUUGUUACUUUGAGGCAUUACAACUUGACAUUUAUACGUGUACCUUAUCCUAGAAAGGAAAUUCUCUCUUAACAAAAAGAAAAUCCACCGGAUCCACAUGGAUAUUGAAGUUUAGACUAAAGAAUCUAGAAGAUGGUUUCUGUUAAGCCGAUUUCAAAAGUUAGUGUUCCAAUUACAGGCAGGAGACCAAGUUGAAGUCAACCUUAAGGUUUGGUUCGGUUUUUCUACAAUUAUCAUAGAUAAGUUGAACAAGAAAGUAUAUAAUAAAGAACGUAUGUGUGAACAAUGAUAUAGUGAUAUUAUUAUUAUUCAUAAAGAAAGGUGAACCAAGCACCUUACAAAACUUGAGGGCCAGCUUCUCUUCCUAUACAAACUUCACAAAAGAUUCCUCUUCUCCCUCACCCUUACAUCAUUCCCUAUUCAUCUAUCUAACUUUCACAGGAUACAUUUCACCUUUUACCCCUCCUCUCGUACACUUUUACUAUUGGAGGCCUAACAUCACCCUGAAAUAGAAAGAUAAAAUUUGUACUUAUAACUAAGCUCAUAGACUAAGUUCUUAAUUUUUAUUUUAUCAGCAACGCGUUCCAUCCACAAUAAAGAUUGUUAUUUGAAAAAAAAUGAAGAGAUGGCAGCCAACAGGUGUUCUAGUUAUAAAACAUAUUGAGAGGAAGCUCUGUAGACAUCAGAAAAAGAGAAAAGCUAAAAUCUCUUUCAUACAUGAGAGAUCAUAAAGAAGUUCAACAUAUAAUGAACAAGUAGACAAAACUAGGACCUCGAAAAUUAGGUGCUGACUAGUAGCAUAAAGAAUAUUGAGGCAGCUUUUUCCUUGCAUAAACUAUAUAGUCAUAUGUAUAAUAAAGUAGGGGAUAAAAAGAAAAAAAAAACCCUUAAAAAAUGAUAUCAUAAUGUCCAUGGACUGUUUGGCAUCACAAAGAACUAAGCUUGACAAAUAUCUAAUCUUCACUACUACCAAAACGUAGCAAACAGCUACAUCAACUUUCACACCUUCAGGGUAACAGUGUUAUCGGGCUGAUUAAUGUUCAUAUUAAUAAAGAUUUUAUUUCAGUGAUAGGCUCCCUAUGAUAACUCGAAAAUUUUAAUGAAUUAAUUAGCCACAAAUUCCUUUAUUUCUCUUCUCUUCUCUUCUUUUCUUUUCUUUUUCUCUAUACGCUCAGUAUCCAGACCACAUUGAUUUUGAAACCAUAACUCAAAGUCCCUUUAAUUGUUUUCAACUUAACCCCUAGGUCAACCCAUUGUAGUUCAUUCUCAUCUUUUGAUCUUCCUUUAGCCACACUAUUUUAUAGCAAGAUCUUAAAUAGUAAGCCCAAGGGUUUACUAGUUGAUGGUAGCAAUGAUAUUGGUGAUAUUGGCUAUACUAUAUCUCUAUGAUACAAUAGUAAGCAGCUAGAAGAUGGAGGGUCACCCAAUGGAAGGUGUAAUUUUUUUUAAGUCCAAGUAUUUCCAACUAGUAUACUAAGCACUAUAACGAAGCUAUGUAACAUCACUCUAUUCUUCCAGUCCAGUUGUCUGAAAUAAUGGACCAAUGUCUUCCGUGUAAUUGUGCUCUAUAAUUUUAGCUUGGCAAUCCUUAAAGAGUUCCUUUCAUGCCCCUUUGAUCUUGUAGCCUCUCUUUUACUUACAUCUCUUUGAAUGAAAGAUGAGUUUCCCAUAAUCGAAAAUUGCAAAUAUAGCAAUCAGGCCUAAAUUAUUUACUGAUAUAGUAUAAUGUAAAAGAAUAUGUAGAUAUAACAAAAUUUUGAUUUCGUCGAAGUCUAUCAAUGAUAGACCAUAUCACUGGUAGGAGUCUAUCAGCGAUAAAGUUUCGCCGAUAGAUUUUGCUAUAUUUGCAAUUCUUUAAACAUGUUGCUAAAUACUUAAUUAUUAUUUCUAAAAGUACUAUCCAAUGCAGUUACCCUUUAUAAUAUAUAUAUGUCGUGGGCAGCAUUAAGGCAUAAAUAUAACACAAAUACAACCGUGCAAAUACCAUGGAAUAUUAAAAAUUUUGAAUAUUAUUUUC